GCAAAAUAUGCCGUGCGCACAGCUCCACUUUGUCGGUCGACGUAAAAUGUGACAGUGCAGUUUGGUGCGCUUCAUACGUGAGACAAAAGUGAUACCGCAGCAAAGAAAAAAAUUUAUAUAUUAAAAAAUUAUUAACGGGCCAGUUGUAAGUUGCUUACUUGUACUAUAAUAUAUGAUACGUCACUCGUUAUAAAGUUUACGAACACUAAACGAAUGUCAGCCAUCGACCGACACAUCCAAAGUUCACUCGUUGACCUUGUGCUGCAAACGAUAACGAAGCGCUCUCAUUGCUUCCGCCUUGCAAUUCCAUUCAUUGAUUGCUCAAAUUUCAAGCAAUUUCAACGACAGAUAAAUCGUUCUCUAAAUCUGUGCCGUAUUGGCCUUGGCUGCAUUUUACAAAGAACGUGCGAGUAUACUUAUAACGGUUUAUUUAAGCGGUUAUUUUUAAUUCCUCAACAACACACAAGUGGAUAUCAUAUGGAAUUUAACAAAUUUUUUGCAUUGUGAACAUUCGGCGAAUCGAUUUGAAUCGGUCAACACAUUUCGCAAAUGAGAGUGCGCGUGCGCGUUUCCCGAAAUUGCCGACUCUUGUCCGUGCGUGAAAUCAUCAUCUACUUUUGCCGUCAUCAAGGAAAGGAAAAACAUCAAAGAAACUAAAAAAUAUUCGAACAGCAUUAUAUAUUUAUAUUAUUAUUAUUGGCACAAAUUGGAGUAAUAAAUCAGUGGAUUGUAAAAAAAACUGUCAAAAACCUACGGCAUAAUUUAAUCAAAUAAACUCGAAGUUAUGAUCGAUGCUAAUGAAGUGAAUAAAGACAACACAAAAUCGGAUGUCUUAUGGCAAAAAAUUUACGCUGAUCAAAAUGAACAUUUGCAUAUUUACGGAUUCGAGAAGAGUUUGCUGAGAACUAUUGUAACAUACGUUUUGUAUGUAUUGUCUAUUGGAUGGAUCAGAUUAUUAUUUCACUGGUAUCCUCGCCUGCAUUUGUAUGCCACUCAUCGAAGAUGUACUUUAAAUCGCGCAACGAAAAUACUCGCAAUAGAUGAUUAUCAAGGAGAGUACAAGUCAUACUUUGUACGGGAUGUCCAAAAAAUUUCUACUAAAAAUCUAAGUGCGCAAAAUUUUGCGGUUACUAUUAUUAAUCAAGAUCUUGUAGAGAAAAUCAAGGACAAGACAUUGAAAAUUAAUUUAGAAAACGGUACGCAUUGUGAGGUUUACGAAUAUAAGGCUUUCUGGUGCAAAAAAAAGUGUUAUAUCUGGGACGUUACAAAACAUGCAUUUUCGAGACUUGUAGGAUUUGAAAAUGGUGUACUGUGUUCCAAAUUUCAUCUCUCAUGUAGUAGUGCCUUAUCCAAGGAAGAGCAAUUGCUUAGACGUAUUGUAUACGGAAAUAACAACAUUGUUGUACAACUCCAGAGUAUCAGUGUAUUAUUACUGUUAGAAGUUUUAAAUCCAUUUUACAUUUUUCAAGUAUUUACCGUGGCAUUAUGGCUUGCGGAAGAUUAUCUAUAUUACACAAUUGCUAUAAUAUUAAUGUCAUUGUUUGGCAUAACAAGCACUAUAAUUCAAACUCGAAAGAAUCAACAGAAUUUACGGGGUACUGUUGCGUCUUCAGAGAACGUACAUGUACGCGUACUUCGAAAUACUGGUAUUUUUGAGAAUAUUUCUAGCAAGGAAUUAGUACCCGGUGAUGUCAUAGAAUUACCGAGGCAUCAAGCGACUCUGGUAUGCGACGCAGUCUUAUUAACGGGGCAGUGCAUAGUAAACGAAUCCAUGUUAACGGGCGAGUCUAUACCAGUAAGAAAAACAUCAUUACCAUCACGUCACGUAUUGUACGAUGCUAAAGAGUUUACGCACCAUACAUUAUAUAGUGGCACCACUAUUAUACAAACCAAAUAUCACGGAAAUCAACCGAUUCUUGCAAGAGUGAUUAGAACUGGUUUUCUAACUAACAGAGGUGGUUUAAUAGCCGCUAUAUUAUAUCCUCCUCCAGCAGAUUUCAAAUUUGAUAAAGAUUCGUAUAAAUUUAUCGGCAUUUUGGCAUUCAUUGCAACUUUGGCUGUUAUAUAUACCGUAGUAACAAAGGUUUCGAGAGGAAUUACAACUAGUGAUGUAACGAUGAAGGCACUAGAUAUUAUCACGAUAGUGGUACCACCAGCAUUACCGGCUGCGAUGACCGUAGGAAAGCUUUAUGCUCAAGCUAGAUUGAAACGUGCGCAAAUCUAUUGUAUUAAUAAUAAAGUCAUAAAUGUUUCCGGCAGCAUAAACUGUGUAUGUUUCGAUAAGACGGGAACAUUGACCGAAGAUGGAUUGGAUAUGUGGGGCGUUGUACCAUGUACAAACGGCGUCCUCGGGAAGGCCGAGACGGAUAUAUCCAAGCUUAGAGAUCAUUCUCUUUUCAAAGGAAUGCUGGUUUGUCAUAGUUUAUCAGUAAUCAACGGAAAACUUUGCGGAGAUCCUUUGGACGUGAAGAUGUUCGAAAGUACUAAAUGGAUAUUAAAAGAGUCGAAUUGCAUGGAUGUAAAUAAGUACGAUGCGAUAGCACCGGUAGUUGUAAAGCUGCCGAAGAAUAAUUUUACAGAAAAUAUAAACAAAGAAAUGUCGGAAAUCGGUAUAAUACAACAAUAUCAAUUUUUGAGUUCUUUACAACGAAUGUCCGUGAUUGUACGUGUAUUAGGAUCGGAUAAUUUUAGAGCUUACACGAAAGGCUCUCCCGAAAUGAUAAUCAAUUUAAGCAAAACAGAAACUGUACCGAAUGAUAUUUCCUUCGUUUUGGAACGAUACACGAGACAGGGUUAUCGCGUAAUAGCUAUGGGUUGUCGAACGAUCUCUGAAAAUAGUGCAGAGGUAUUGAAAUUAUCUCGAGAAGUGGUCGAGCGAGACUUGGAGUUUUUAGGACUAAUCGUUCUAGAAAAUCGAUUAAAACAACCAACAGCAUCAGUGGUUACGGAAUUAAGAAAAGCCAACAUACGCGUAGUGAUGAUUACAGGAGAUAAUAUCCAGACUGCAAUAAGUGUCGCAAAAGAGUGUGGGAUACUCGCGAUCGAAGAACAUAUUGUAGAUGUAGUUGUAGCUUCGACAAAGGGAAAAAAGGAUGAUCGUCCAGAUAUUUUUAAUGUUCAGUGUCAAUCUUCGACAUUGAACUCGCGAGAUCAAGUGUUAGCGACACCAACAAUUCAAGAUAUAGAACGCGGUAUAACCAAUUGUAAUUAUAGAUUUGCUUUAACGGGCCAAACGUGGCAAGUAUUGAGAGAACAUUAUCCUGACCUCGUAGAUCGCAUUUGCGUACGCGGUACAAUAUUCGCUAGAAUGAGCAGCGAUCAGAAGCAACAAUUAAUUAUGGAGCUUAUGCGUCUUGGUUACUAUGUAGUCAUGUGCGGAGAUGGUGCCAAUGAUUGUGGAGCAUUAAGGGCUGCUCAUGUUGGUAUAUCGCUUUCCGAAGCAGAAUCCAGCGUGGCUAGUCCUUUCACCUCGCGAGUAUCCGAUAUAAGCUGCGUUCCAAAAGUGAUACGAGAAGGGCGUGCUGCUUUAAUCACGUCGUUUGGAAUUUUUAAAUUUAUGGUCGCGUAUUCUCUUACUGAAUUUCUAUCCGUUAUAAUAUUAUAUUCCAUAGACUCAAACUUGUCGGAUUUGCAAUUUUUAUUUAUCGAUAUUUGUCUAAUCAUUAACUUUGCCUUCUUUUUCGGCAAAACUCACGCUUAUAAAAAGAAAUUAUCCAAGACAACGCCAAUGACAAGUUUGAUAGGUUUAACACCCCUUUUAUCUCUAACGGUACACAUGUCCGUGAUGAUAGUUUUCCAAAUGAUAGGAUAUCACGUUGUUCGACAGUUUUCGUGGUUUACGCCAUUUGUACCUACUAGCAAUACUAGAUACACAUGUUACGAAAACUAUUCAGUUUUUUGUGUUUCUAUGUUUCAAUACAUCACAAUGGCUAUUAUAUUUUCGCGUGGAAAGCCAUAUAGACGUCCGAUAUAUACCAACAGCGCAUUCAUGUUUUCCAUCAUUUUAUUAACGUUCAUAUGUGCGUACAUUACAGUUUAUCCGGCAGAUUGGAUAGUGAAUGCGUUACAAUUAAUUGUACCGCCCGUUUACGACUGGAGACUCAUUAUCCUAGCACUCGCUAUAAUUAAUUUUCUCAUUUGUUUUUUCGUCGAAAGCAUUAUAAUAGAACGUGUAAUCGAGAAUACUUUGAAAAGAAGAAUGUACAAACUGAAUAAAUCGAAAAAACGAUAUUUAAAAAUAGAAUAUGAAUUAAAAAAUUGCGAAAAUUGGCCAAAAUUCGGUAAACAACUUUCAAUAUUAACUACCCUGCGUAAGGAAGAUGACGUACGGAACAUUACGAAUAUUACAUAUAAUAGUAAUUGUCCGACUAAUAAUCGAAUGGUAAAUAAUGACUCGAUCGAGUUACCACGCAGAAAUAUCAGUAAGAAAAAUGGUUUCGAAAAUCUUGGUUUCGUAAAAAUGAUUAAAUAUAUACAUAAUGUAUCUAUUUUCGAGAAAUCUUUUUUAAAUCUCUCAUCAUAAAACUCAGUAUUAGCGUAAUAAUAUAUGUACCUAAUAUAUGUACGGAUAUUGGAAUGUAUAUCGCAUUAAUGAAAGGGUGUUUGCAUAAAAAUAUUGAGGAAUAUAUAUUAUACACAUGCGUAUAUACAUAUGGUAUUAUUAACGACAAUUCGGAAAUAUAUUUAAUGUUUUGGAAAAAAAAUUGAAUAUAUUUUUAUAUAU